AUCGAAAGGAGAUUAUUUGUCAAAACCCGUCACAGUGCAAGAAAAAUAAAAACCGUAGGAGAAUCCGCGAUGUGCGUAAUCAUGAUCAUCAACAAUCCCAACUUCCCCUUCAAUCACACUGGAAUCAAUUGAUCGGUUUCUCAGGAUUUCUAUGCUGUAUUGGGACAGGAAGGGAACACGCGAGAUUCGUCAACGCGGUGGAUAAAAAGCUAUAUUAGUCCCCCCCUGCACCCCCAUGUAAUUCCGUUAACCCCCUCGAAAAUCCCCCACCGAUGGCACAACAGGGCACCACGUGAGAGAGAAAUGCAUCAGCCCAGCGAUGAGCAGGGAAAUAAUCGCGCCUUCAACAGAGGGACUCCUCUCAUUGAUGCCGGACACCAACAUUGUCGAGAUUCCCACGUCGCAGCCAAUAAAUACAGAGCAAUCAGGCAACAACUGGCUCCUGCGGAAAAGGCCCAACAUGCUGCGCUGAACUCCAUUGCGGGAACUCAAGCAAAAUUUCACCACGCGGCGAGAAAUAAUCAGCCCAUCGAUGCACCGACGCCACUUCGGGCAAGUCCUCAACUAGGAAAUUCACGACCUUUCGCUGCUCCGCCACCUUUGUCUCAAGCCCCAGGAAACAAUCACCAAUCCACAGGCAAUUCAGACACCCGUUCCGGGAACUGUACUCCACCGUUACAAGGCGGCAGACCGAGAGGAGGCGGCGGCGGAGGCGGCGAAGCAGGAGAGCGGCCCCACACGAGUCCCAAUCCCGCAGACGUCAGCAUUCAUUGCCUCAGGCCACAGCCAUGCAGUCGCCCGACAACGCGUCCGUGCCCAAAACCGACAACCACCCUGCCGCCCAAUAACAAUAACAACAACCACGACGACGACAACGACAGCAGUGCCGGCGAGGCCAGAGGACUCGACGCCGCCGUUCCUUCAGAGGUCCUCAUACGGCCACUCAUUGCCAUGCCUCCGGCGCAGCUGGCCGCCAUCGGCGCCUUCCGACACAAGGUCGACUACACGCGCCAGGAGCUGCAGCAGUUCCUCGACAUCACGACGCCGCUCAACACCUACUUGCAGGACAUGCGGCAAAUGCUCUCGCAGGCCGGCGUCUACCACAGAUUCGUCACAGACAGGAUUCACAAGGACAUUGAAGAAUUCAAGCAAUUGCACAAGGAACUGAGAUCUGCGAUUGACGGCGUGGAUGCGAAAAGAGUCCGCAAACGUGCAAUUCAAGCGGAAAUGAAGCGAUUGCGGAAAUCUGCCAGGAUUCUCACAAAACAAGACCACGAGAAGGCAGAAGAACGCUUGAAAUGCAUUGAUCAAGACAGCCUCCAGAUUUGGCAAGAGAUCAAAUCCGUGGACACAAAAGCGCAACUGCAAGAAAUGCUGGAGAAACUCAAAAAAAAAAUGGAAGGCCUUAGUCUAGCAGUGGAACUCGCCCAAACUGAACUGGCAGCGAUGGAAACAAAUGAAAAUCAGGCCAUCAAGAGACUCUGUUCAAACAACCCGGAAGUUACGACCGAUAUCAAGGCCCUCAAGUCAACACCCGCCACUUUCAGCACCACCACCAUCGAACCACAAACGCCAUCUUCAACGGAGACUCUUUUUGCAUCUGGAUUCUCGUCCAUCUCGUCACCGCACCAUCGUCCAUCUGGCGGGGGAACCAAUAUUCCGCUGAUUCAGUUCUCCACGUCGACACCGACCCUGCAACACCAGCAGCAGCCCAUCUCCAGACCGACGGCACCCCCGUUUCCGUUUCUCGCUCCCCCGCCGUCCAUGCUGGGGCGGAUUAAUCGGCCGGCCAUUCCAAGACCCUUCGGACCCCUUAAACCGCCUACACUUUCCGCAACGAUUCCAGCGCCCUCUCCGCCAGCAGGCACGAUUGAUGCCCACGGAUACCACAGGGUGGUGUUGGAAAUCAAGGAUACGGCUGACGACGAGAAACGGCGUCCCGUCGUCAGGCCAUGGUCCCCGAUGACCAUUCAGGCCGUCGGAUCCAGCUCCACCACCGUCGAAACGUGCAGCAAAGAGCCCAGCGCCGUCCUUACGAUCGAAAAAUGCACUCCUACCCGCGACGAGGCCAAUCAUUUCGACGCUUUCGAGCUCGUCGACUACGACGACGAUGGACGCCCCAACUGUCGGACACUGUUCGAAGAGGCUGAAAUUUUGAGCGACGCGGAUAUACUCGACUACACGACGACGGAGUCUCAGAGCAAUUUGGAAAUCGUCGUCGUCCAAGAGACGGACACCGACGGCGAAACAGUACUGCGAGUCACGACUCCGCGAGAAGAGACUCAGGAUAUCAUCGACGCCCUCUUCGACUCCUCCAUGUCCCCAGACGUCGAAUAAUUGUUACACUUCCCAAACCUAACCCACAUUUGGAUCAACGCGUUCAUAGAGAGAGAGAAAAAAACCCUAGAUGUUGGAUCAAUCAACACGAUAACUACCAACUUUACAAAAUAAAGCAGCAUUAAAGAAAUUUAGUUUACUGACAGUCGUCGCUUUUAUCGUUUUUCGCUCCCGAAAAAAAAGAAAGUACUCACGGAGUCUUCAAUUCCCCAAGGCAACUUCGGCAAACACUUCAGCACGUUUUCGGAGAAUUUCGAGUGGGGCACAUCGUGUUCCAGAAGUAGAACUUCGUUCUCCGUCGCUUUAUCACCAAUUUUCCCCAAACUUCUCACGUAAUGACCCUAACGGUUAAAACACAACUUCAAUCCAAGUCCAAAGUUUGCCGCGGACAAGACGGAAGUACCAGCGGAUAGCGCGAAUGUCGCGGCCAUUCGUCCAUCUGAACAACGAUUCGAUUCGUCGCUAAUUUCUCCGCCUGUCUCGUUUCGAUUCGAAUUUUCGGAAUCCUUUUCUCCGCCGGAAUGAAGAGGUGCUUCGUAUGCUGUAAAAAUGGGAAGAAAAUGAAAACCAAUUAUUUCACCUGGUCAAACUUGGAUGAUGCAGGAAAUCACGUCAAGGCUCC